GCAUUAUUGAGAGAAUUGUGUAGGAAGUGGAAGAAUUGAAAUCGGAAGUGGGUUUCUUUUCCUUUCACCUUUUUUAACGAAAUGGAUUCGUUUCCAUUGUUGCCGGUGAGCUUUGUUCCGGAAACAGUACUACUCCAUUUAACGAAAGAUGAUGUGAUUCGAGUACUUGGAGUUACAUGGAAUUUCGUAAGAAGUUCAGUGUUAGCUCCAUUUCUCAACGUUUGUGUCAUUGUGUGUUUAACAAUGUCUAUAAUGCUGUUCAUUGAAAGAGUAUACAUGGGUGUUGUGAUCCUCUGUGUGAAGUUGUUCGGCCGGAAACCAGAAAAGCGUUACAAAUUUGAAACCAUUCAGGUUGAUGUUGAGAAGGGCCAUUCGAAUUAUCCGAUGGUUCUGGUUCAAAUUCCAAUGUACAACGAAAGAGAGGUGUAUAAGCUCUCAAUUGGAGCUGCAUGUGGUCUUUCAUGGCCAUCCGACCGAGUCAUAAUUCAAGUCCUCGACGAUUCUACCGAUCCAAUCAUCAAGGAUUUGGUGGAACUAGAAUGUCAAAAAUGGGCAAACAAAGGAGUCAACAUCAAGUAUGAAAUUAGAGAUAAUCGAAAUGGUUAUAAAGCCGGAGCUCUAAAACAAGGGCUGAAACACAGCUAUGUUGAGGAAUGUGAUUUGGUUGCAAUCUUAGACGCAGAUUUUCAGCCCGAUCCCGAUUUCCUUGAAAAAACUGUACCUUAUUUUGUGCAUAAUCCUGAAAUCGGUCUAGUGCAAGCUCGAUGGAAAUUUGUGAACGCCAACGAGUGUAUACUGACCAGAGUCCAAGAGAUGUCGUUGAAUUACCAUUUCAGAGUUGAGCAAGAAGUUGGUUCCUCUACUUAUGCUUUCUUCGGGUUCAAUGGUACUGCUGGAGUUUGGAGACUGUCUGCUCUUAAUGAAGCUGGAGGAUGGAAUGACCGGACUACGGUUGAGGACAUGGAUCUUGCCAUUCGUGCCAGUCUCAAGGGAUGGAAAUUCGUCUACGUUGGUGAUAUCAAGGUGAAAAAUGAGUUGCCAAGUACUUUCAAGGCAUUCCGAUUUCAACAGCAUCGAUGGUCGUGUGGACCUGCCAAUUUAUUCAAGAAAAUGGUUAUGGAGAUCAUUAAAAAUGAGAGGGUUAAUCUGUGGAAGAAGCUUUAUGUAAUUUACAGCUUCUUCUUCGUACGAAAGAUUGUCGCUCAUCUAAGCACAUUCUUCUUUUACUGUGUCAUAAUCCCUGCAACCGUCUUCGUUCCUGAAGUCGUGAUUCCAAAAUGGGGUUUAGUGUAUAUACCUUCUAUCAUUUCAAUUCUCAAUGCGAUUGAAACACCAAGGUCAUUCUACUUGGUUUUCAACUGGAUUCUUUUCGAAAAUGUCAUGUCAAUGCACCGAACCAAAGGUACAUUCAUCGGUUUACUGGAUGCAGGGAGAGUAAACGAAUGGGUUGUUACUGAAAAACUAGGAGAUGCCUUGCUCAAAUCCAAAGAUCCUAGUACACAUGCAACUAGAGAAUCAUUCAAGAAAUCUCGAAUGACACGAUUCAGAGAAAGGAUCUAUCCAUUGGAGCUCUGGGUCGGAUUGUACAUCUUUAUAUGUGCAUCAUAUGAUCUUGCAUUUGGGAAGUACUGGUACUUCCUUUACUUAUUCGGCCAAGCUAUCGCGUUCUUCAUUACGGGUUUCGGUUACAUUGGCACCCAAAUACCAAAUUGAUCUGGAUAACAACAAUAAGACCAAUGAACUUCCUUUGUAAUGUAUUCAGUAAUUAGUAUUAAUACCAUAUGUUUGUAUCUCGACUAGGAUAUUUGUAUUUAGCUAGGAUUCAUUAUAAGUACAUGUUGUAUAAGAUUGUUGUUUCUAGAUAUGAUUCUUUGAUGUACCAAUAAACAUUGUGCACAAUGAUGAUA